AAUACAGAAAUAAACGAAAUUAAGGUUUCCCCGAAUGAGAUUAUUACCAGUGGUGAAGAUAUAGCUAAUCAUUUGAAUCAACAUUUCUCUGAAAUUGGCGUCAAGCUUUCGUCUGUAGGAACACAAAAUUACAACGUUCGUCCUGAAAUGUUUUUAAAACAAUCGGAAGAAACAUUCAGAAUACAUGAUGUAGACUCAGACAAAGUUUUGAAAUUACUAAAGAAUUUAAAAACUACAAAAGCAUGUGGUUUAGACAAUAUCCCGAAUAGAUUAGAUACUCUCGAAUUGCUUUGUAUUGAAGUUAGAAAACCCAAAGAUACUCUCGAAUUGCUUUGUAUUGAA